AAAAUGGUCUCUUCCUCUUUGACUCCGGUGAUGGAAGAAGGAGAGUGCAUAAACUGGGCGGAGCUUCCGUAUGAACUGACGUCAUCCAUCCUGCGCAGGCUUGGCCCGAUUGAUAUAUUGGAAAACGCUCAGAGAGUGUGUACAUCGUGGCGUCGCGUCUGCAAAGACCCUGACAUGUGGCGUAAGAUUGACAUGCGUAGCUUUGGAGAUAAGGAGUAUGAAAUCGAGAUCAUAAUGCGUAACUUUGGAUACUUGGCGUACAAACUCCAGAUCAUGUUCCGUCACGCAGUGGAUCGUAGCCAGGGAGGACUGGUUGAGAUUGACCUUUGGAAUUUCGGUACUGAUUCUCUCCUCAACUACAUCGCCGAUAGUUCAAGUAACCUGAGAAGUCUUAAACUUGCUUUAAUGCCCACGAUAACAAUUGAGGUACUUACAGAAGCACUUGUGAAGCUUCCAUUGCUUGAAGAGCUCGAGGUCUCCAACUGCACAUUGUGGGGAGAUUCUCUGAAAGUUGUUGGCCAGUCUUGUCCUGAUCUGAAUACACUGAAGUUACACCGGUGCGGAAUGGGGCCUCCUCGAGACGUGAGUGAUGAUGAUGCUCUAGCUAUCGCUAAAACAAUGCAUGGACUUCGCUUCCUUCAACUUGUUGGAAACAGUUUGACAGACGCCGGCCUUAACGCCAUUCUUGAUAAUUGUCCUUAUCUGGAACACCUUGAUCUACGUCAGUGUUUAAACCUUAAUCUUGUCGGAGAUCUGGAGAAGCGGUGUUCCGAGAGAAUCAAAGUUUUGAGACGGCCUAAUGACUCGACUCAUGAUUAUCCGUAUGAUGUAUGUUUUUAUGAUGCGGAUCCCCCUGAAGAUUAUUACUUCAUACUUGUCAACGACCAUCCUCGCUACGAUAGUACGAUCAGUGGUGUGGUAUUUGAUGAUAUAUUCGAUUACCUGAAUCUCUAGAUUUGUGGUGAGAUAUUUUCAUUAUUUCUCAAGUACUUUUUCUUUUGAGGAU